CCCCCAGCGCGGCAGUAUGCGCCCCAAACCACGCCCCCUCCGCGCAGACCACGCCCCAUACCGGCCACGCUCAUCGCCGUUACCCUGGCAACCAACCCCCCCGUCCCCAUUCACACACGGCGCAGGCGCGGGAUGAAGCUGCUGACCCACAACCUGCUCUGCUCCAACGUGCGCGGGCUGCGGCCCGGCGGCGGCUUCCCCCUGCGCAUCCAGGCCUCGGAUGUCUGCGUGCGGCCGGUACCGUUCAACGCCGCCUUCGUAGCGCGGUUGGUGCCGCGGCUGCGCUGGGCCGCGCUGCUGGAGGCGGCCGAGAGCUUGGGGCACCCCUCGGAGCUGCCCCCCGAGCCUGCCCCUGACUAUGAGGGAGACGAAACCUUCCUGCGGCGGGUGCACCACGUCCUGCUGGAGGUGGAGGUGCUGGAGGGGUUCCUGCAGUGCCCGGACUCGGGGCGCCAGUUCCCCAUCUCCCGCGGGAUCCCCAACAUGCUGCUGAGCGAGGAGGAGGCCUGAGGGGGGGGACACGCUGGACAACCCCCCCCCCGUGCCCCCAGGUUAUUGGGGGGGGCAAAGGGGGACAGAGACGUUCUUCCCCCCAUGGGGGGGGAAGGGGGGGCUUUUGUUGUUCGUUUUUGAGCCUUUUGGGGGGUUUUUUCUGUCCCAAAGAUCUUCUUUUACUCUCAAAUUGCCCCUUUUUGCCCCCAAACUCCCUUUUCCCCCCAAACCUCUUCCAUUACUCAACCUCCCAGCUUCCCAACCCCGCGUUUUCCCCCAUCUCCCCCUUUCCCCGAGGCUCUUUUGUCCGUCUGUGGUUUAUUUGUGGUUUAUUAAUAAAAACCCGCUUUUUGGCGUCAAUAUUGGGCGGUUUUUUAGUCUUUUCGAGGCUCCUUUCGGGGGAGAACCCCAUUGGAUCGGGGCGGGGGGGGGGGGGAGGCGGGGGAAGCCGAGGUCCUCCUGCGCUCUCUAUGACCCAACCAACUGCCCAGAGCGCCUCACUCCCCCCCCAGUGGCCGCUCAGCCUCCCGCCUCGCUCGCGCAGCCGGAGGUGACGUCAGGACGUCGGCGCACGCAGAGCGGCGGCGGCGGAGGCCUGAGGCGGGAGCGGCGGUUGGAGCAGCGGAGGCUCCGGCGCCAUGUCCUCGACGUCGCAGAAGCACCGGGACUUCGUAGCGGAGCCGAUGGGGGAGAAGCCGGUGGGGAUGCU